AUGCCUGCACGAGAAAUAGACAAGCGACGGCGAACAUUGUACAGAGCUAUUAACCUGCUCGAACUGUCUUACAAAAAACAGCAAACCAUGGAUGCUGAUGCACUUAUAUCAUGUGGAGCGAUGACUCUUCAAUUCGUUGCCGAAUACUGGCGUUCAAUCGGAAAACGUCCAGUUGUUGCGAAUAUUCAACCAGGUUAUCUACGUCAGUUGCUACCAUUGGAAGCACCAGAGCAAGCCGAAUCAUUUACAUCGAUUAUCAAGGAUUUGGAAUCAACAAUCAUGCCUGGUGUGACACAUUGGCAUAGUCCGAAUUUCUAUGCUUAUUUUCCAACAGCGAAUUCUUAUCCAGCUAUUUGUGCGGAUAUUUUAUCAGGUGGAAUCGCUUGUAUCGGUUUCUCGUGGAUUGCCUCACCGGCGUGUACAGAGCUUGAGGCAAUCGUUAUGGAUUGGCUAGCAAAAGCAAUGGGUUUACCGGAGUUUUUCCUUUCAUCAGGAAAUGGAGGUGGAAUCAUUCAAGGUACAGCUAGUGAAGCUACGUUGGUUGCUUUGCUUGCGGCUCGUUCGAGAAUUUUCAAAGAAAGAAAAGUUGAAGAUCCAACUUUGACUUUGGGCCGAUUGUUGGAUCAGUUAGUAGUCUACUGCUCUGAUCAAGCACAUUCAUCCGUCGACAAAGCUGCGCUGAUCGUUGGUUGUCGAUUGCGUAAGAUUGCUUCGGAUGCUGAUUGUAUCAUGCGUGGUGAACAAGUUCAAGCAGCUAUUGCUGAAGAUCGAGCUGAAGGCUUAAUUCCGUUCUUCAUUAUUGCUACUCUUGGCACAACCCCAACUUGUGCUUUCGACGAUUUGGUUAGCGUUGGUCGUGUUUGUGAAAAAGAACAUUUAUGGAUGCAUAUAGAUGCUGCUUAUGCUGGUAAUGCUUUCAUUUGUCCUGAGUAUCGACAUUUAUUGAAUGGAAUCGAAUAUGCUGAAUCAUUUGAUUUUAAUCCUCAUAAAUGGAUGUUAGUCAAUUUUGAUUGUUCAGCCAUGUAUUUAAAGGAUCGAACACACUUCGUUGACGCUUUCAACGUCGAUCCGCUCUAUUUAAAGCACGCAUUCCAAUCAUCAGCACCUGAUUAUAGACAUUGGCAAAUUCCAUUGGGACGACGAUUUCGUUCACUGAAACUAUGGUUUGUUUUCCGUGCGAUGGGUUUAGAUGGUCUACGAGCGUAUAUUCGCAAACAUAUUGAAUUGGCUAAAUAUUUUAUAAGUUUAAUUAAACCAGAUGAUCGCUUUGAAAUCGUCUUUCCAGCUGCCGAACAACUUGGUUUAGUUUGCUUUCGACUAAAAGAUAGUCCAAAUGAAUUGAACGAACGUUUAUUGAAAGCUUUGAAUGAAGACAAACGUAUCUAUCUGGUUCCAUCGAUGGUCAAACAAAAAUAUAUUCUACGUCUGGCUAUAUGUUCGUGGUUAACAGAAGAAAAACAUGUUCGAUUCGCUUGGGACAUCAUUAGUGAAGUAACAGCAAAACUUCUUUCCAAAUAA